GUCUGUUGGAAGUUUAUGGUUUGCAGCUGACUCCGAGACAGAAAGCCCCACUUCUGUAGCAUUAUCUUGAUUUCUUUUCGUGGGAUUUUUAGCACAGUUCUUCGGAUAUACUCAAUAACAGUUUCAUCCAUGACUGAGCCGCCUGGAAAGCUGAAACGUGAAAGAAGUUAAGAACCAAGGCAAGAGGCAGGCUCCCGUAGUUAAGGCACACAAAGCUGUACCCAGCACGCCUAGCAGAACGUUGGCAUCAGCCUUAAGCGCGGCGCUUCCAGCUUUCGGCGGACACCAACAACAGCUUUAAACCGCUUUCUACAGGAACUUUUCCCGAGGAAGUUUACCUCCCUGAUGCCUGGUGUGAGCUUCUGGAGAGGGAUGUGGCGCUGAGCACUGACGCGUUACCGCCCGUCCAGGAGAGGUCGGGCAGCGGGCACAAAGGAACCAGCGAACCCAAGCGGAGCACCGCGGCUGCGGCACCGGCCCCCUUUUCCACAACCGGCCGCCCCCCGCCCGCGAACUGCCAGGCACCGCCCACUUUUCGAAGGGCCCAAUCAGACUCCGCACGGUGACCAAGCCGCCCAAUCACAAGGCAACUCACUUCCCGCCCCGACCCGCCGCGCGCCGCCGCUGUGAGGGCUGUUCCCGCGCCCGCCCGGCACGGUGGAAGUUUUCUCAGAUUCUUGUCUUUGUACUACUAAAAUUAUCCCUCACUAAAGAUGCAUCCAGACCUGUCUCCUCAUCUGCACACUGAGGAAUGUAACCUAGUUAUCAGUCUGCUCAAGAAGUGUCACAAGGAGCACAACAUUUUGAAAUUUUUUGGCCAUUGCAAUGAUAUUGACCGUGAGAUGCGGAAGUGCUUAAAGAAAGAGUAUGAAGAAAACAGGGCCAGGAACCAGGCGAAGCGACAGAGUAUAAUUAAUGCUCGGAAAAGCUCGGAGGAGUGAGUGGUUCUGUAGCUGGACAUCUGCACCUCAACAGGGAUGCUCAGUUGGAAGCUGACAGAAUACUUCCUUCCCAUCACCAAUGCUCAGCCUGCAGUUUGUGAAAACUCAUUCUCAGCAAGGCAAACAAUGUGGAAAAAAUAAAUAUAAUAAAAGAUCACUUACAGCUUAAUUUUUGACUUCCAGAGGAAAACGUUGCGGCAAAUCUUUGUUCUGGCAGUUUUGUUACAACUGUUAAGUAACAAGGAAUCAGUGUGUGUGGAGUAUUUAUGUGUUCAAGGCUGCUGUAUUCCCUACCUUGUGCUGAGUUGCAUUUAUUUCUUUGUGUUUAGCAGUUUCUUUUCCAUAUCUUAUUUUUUAUUUCUUUUUUCUUUUUUCCCUUGCAAAACACUGAAUGACUUUUUCCAUCACUCUUUUUAGUGUUGUGAGAACGCUUCUUAAAUGAAGUGGUAAAAAAGCAUUUUAAACAGAUGUGGCUUGAAAUUGGAAAUUGCCUAUAAGUAAUAAUUGGAGUUCUAGUAUUUUUAUUUGAGUUCAAAUGAUGAAACUACUAUCUUCCACUGAGAAAAUCUAAAAUCCUUCCUGCCAACCAUAUGUACAGUGUACGCUGUUGUAAGACAAUUUGUUCAUCAUACCCAAAGCUUUAGAAAUUCAGAAUGGAACAUUUCCAGGGAUUUAUAAAGCUUUGCCGUGAUUUUUAUUGAGUACAAUCAAUGUGUCCUGAGUGAUUUUUGAAGAAGAGUGCUGCCAAGAAUACAAGCUAGGUAGUUCUUUCACAUACUCUGGCACAAAGGUGAAGUCCUUUGCCAUCGAAGGAAAACUCACACUGAAGUGAAAGGAAGUGUAUCUUGCCUUUCAGUUGGGCAAGUCAACACGUACUGUGUUAACCAAGGUGCCUCAUUAGCUUACAAGAACCGUUUAUUUCCCAUCAAACUACUGAAAGUCCUGGACAAGUCUCUGAAUUCCGAACUUUUGGUAUUAAAACAUACGCUGGUUUGUGCAGCGAUGGAGCUGCUUCUCUGGGUGUCUGCUGGGUUCACCUUAUUUAUAAAUGACUUUUCUGUUUCACCUAACAACAAAGGACUAUUAGGAAAAAAAAAAAACUCUAACAAAUUUUAUAGAGCCAAAUAUACCAAGUGUAGUGAAACCUUUUGGAAGAAAAAGGUGCCUAUUCUACAAUGAAUUUUAUGGUUUGUUGCAAGAACCAUUGUUGACACUGUCUUGAAAUUAGUACGUGCACCUCUUUUUGGAAGAAAGCUGUAUUUUGUGAUCUAUUUUGAGAGAUUAAUUAGAAUAGUUUUACUUAUUUUUUCAAUACCCAAAUGGACCCAGUUGAAUUGGUAAAACUUAACCACAAAUGUCAGUGAAAGCUCUUUAAGAAAAACUGAAGCAAUUGUUUCUGCAUCUUUUCAUGUGCUGCUUUCUUAGAAUAAGUAAAUGAUGCAUUAUUUGAAUUAAAUUCUUGAGCGGCUGGAAGUGGUGCAGUCUUUGUAUUGGUAGUCUUCAAAAUAUUUCUGAAAAGUGUUUUAUAGUGUUUCCUAGCUGGGAACUCUGCAUCCUCGAUCCUUCUUCCAUUUGGAUUACAAAAUCUGUUUCAGGCAAGCUCUUAAAUAGGAUUUGGUUGUGCUUGUAAUCUUUAAGUAAAUAAAUAAAUGGAGAAUUGUCCUAGAGAUUGGGUUGAAAAGCUGAUACCUGAGUGCAGAAGCACUGAAGAUUUUCUUUCUUUCAUCAGCUUCUGUGAGUCUGGGUCUUUCACUAGAAUAGCAACAAAAUAAGCAUUCAAGAGCCACUUAACACAGCUCAUUAGUCAGAAUCAUGUUUUCAGAGAUCAAUGCGCUUAAUGAAUGAAAGCCCAAAUGGCAUGCACAAUUUCUGUUGAUACUUUGAACUACAUUUAGCAAUAAACCUAUUUUACAGAUAAACUUUGUUUACCUAGUGAAAGUAUUACCAUGUUCAUCCUCCUGCUUCUCUGCUAAUUGCCUACUAGUAGCGUGGUUUGAGAUUGCUCAUUGAUUCCUGGGCUUUUGUUCCUUUUCUUUUUGAGAGGGGGGUUAUGUUGCUAAUUUGAUCUUGAAGCUGAGACACACUAGGGUAGUAAUACUUAGAAUUUAUCUGACAGAGAACGAAGAUAAGGGCGAAAUGCUAAAUGCAGUUUAUGUUGUCCUAAAAUAAGCUGAGUGAUGAGCAGGUGAUGUGUUGAAUGAAGUAAACCUUAUCUGUAAUGACUUUGAA